GGCACUGCCAUUCCCGUUUCCUCGCUCGAACACACACCGAAGAGAGAGACAGAGCGAGAGAGGAUGGCGUCCCUGGCGCAGCACGUCGCGGGCCUACCGUGCCCCCCUCUAUCCGGCGCGUCGCGCCGUCGCCCCGCGGCGCAGAGGCGGCCUCCGUCGGCGCUUGUGUGCGGUACCUAUGCGCUGACCAAGGACGAGCGGGAGCGGGAGCGGAUGCGCCAGGUGUUCGACGACGCCUCCGAGCGCUGCCGCACCGCGCCCAUGGAGGGCGUCGCCUUCUCCCCCGACGACCUCGACACCGCCGUCGAGUCCACCGACAUAGACACGGAGAUCGGCUCGCUCAUUAAAGGAACAGUAUUUAUGACUACCUCAAAUGGUGCAUAUAUCGACAUCCAAUCCAAGUCUACUGCUUUUUUGCCCUUAGAUGAGGCAUGUCUUCUUGAUAUCGAUAAUGUUGAAGAGGCUGGCAUUCGUCCUGGGUUAGUAGAAGAAUUCAUGAUAAUUGAUGAGAACCCAGGUGAUGAAACUUUGAUUCUAAGUUUGCAAGCAAUUCAGCAAGAACUUGCAUGGGAAAGGUGCCGGCAACUUCAGGCCGAAGAUGUCGUUGUCACGGGUAAAGUAAUUGGUGGAAACAAAGGAGGUGUAGUAGCUCUUGUGGAUGGGCUUAAGGGUUUCGUUCCAUUUUCGCAAGUGUCAUCGAAAACAACCGCCGAAGAGCUGCUUGAGAAAGAAUUGCCUCUGAAGUUUGUAGAGGUCGAUGAGGAACAAGGCAGGCUUGUCCUCAGUAAUCGCAAGGCAAUGGCAGAUAGUCAGGCCCAGCUAGGUAUUGGAUCAGUUGUCUUGGGAACUGUAGAGAGCCUAAAACCUUAUGGCGCCUUCAUUGACAUCGGUGGAAUCAACGGCCUUCUCCAUGUGAGCCAGAUUAGUCAUGACCGUGUUGCAGAUAUCUCAACAGUUCUGCAACCAGGAGAUACCCUCAAGGUUAUGAUACUGAGCCAUGACCGUGAAAGAGGCCGAGUCAGCCUUUCUACUAAGAAGCUUGAGCCAACACCUGGUGACAUGAUCCGCAAUCCCAAGCUUGUGUUUGAGAAGGCUGAUGAGAUGGCUCAGAUAUUCAGGCAGAGAAUAGCUCAGGCAGAGGCUAUGGCUCGUGCUGACAUGUUGAGAUUCCAGCCAGAGAGUGGAUUGACCCUCAGUUCAGAGGGCAUCUUAGGACCAUUGUCGUCGGAUGCACCUUCGGAGGAUUCUGAAGAACCCACAGAUGAAUAGAGGCAGUUGACGAAGUGCACCGGGUUUGAGAUAUGUGAUGGCAGUUCAUCAUGCUCAUUUUCCUUGGGGUGGGGGAGGCAUGACGAGAGCAUGUUCUGUUCAGAUCGUUUUCCCCGUUCCACUUAUUCUUGUCUUGUACUAGGAAAUCUGAAAAUGUAACAAGGUUCUGAAGACACCGAAAAGAAAUGUAAUUAAAUCCCUCUGUGAAGUUAUCCCAUUCUCGCAGGAACCUCAAUGUGUAGUCUGAUCGUUGAGUGUAUAUUUUGUAAUUUUGAAUGCAUUUUGAAUGCGUAUUCC